UCACACCCUUUUGACGCAGCUUCCUGUGAGAACGGAAGUGUUUUAAUUUGAAAGGCAUCUACGGUCGGGUGUGGAAAUGACGGUUGACUGUAACGGGAAAGUAACGAAGACGGUACUUCAAGGUUGUGGCUCUUCGCAGACCUCAGCUGAGGUGCAGACAGCAGCCACACAACCUGAUGCCAUUCGUCAGUGAAGCUCCGCCGUAACCGACACAACGUGCCAAAACUAGGCUGCUGUAAUCUGUGCUUCUGAAGAGGGGCUCCUACAUCCCCAGCAAGUGUGCAGACUGCAUGCAGCAGCUACAACGUGUCUGUGUCUUCAUCAUUCUGCAACUCUUGCAAGGUUCCAUCUAAAAGACGAAAGGGAGAGAGUGUUUGUGCAUCUUUGUACGUGCCUGUGUGUGUAUAUGUGUCACCAUGAAGCACCAGUCUAUCUCCAGAUGGCUGAGCCAGCUGGGACUGCCACAAUACUGCAUAGCAUUGGAGCAGGAAUAUGAUGGUGUAGAGGACCUGCUUCACCUCUCAGAGUAUGACCUCUUGGAGCUUGGCGUGUACAAUCACCUUCACCGUCUGCACCUUCUCACUUCUCUACGCCUCCUCCAGGAGCGAGAGAGGAGGAGAGAGUUAAGGAUGAUGGCAGAGGGGCGUUUUGCCAGUCUGCCCAGGUCCCUCCAUGCACACCACACCCUCGGAGGAGGCACUGCACACCCUGGAGUCCCCUCCAACUCCCUCGGUGCCCCCAGCAGCAGCACCUGCUCCUCCAGGAGGCUACAGGCCUCCCUCGCCUCCUCUAUGGACCUCCUCAGCUCCAGACCUGGUCUCCCUCCAGGACAGGGCAGCAGCUUAUCAGAGAUGCCCGCUGCUGCAUACCACCCAAUCUCCAUUCAUGGAACUCUGCCUCGACGCAAGAGAGGAGGGGCCAGCCUUAUCCAUGGAAACUAUACCUGGGACCCCAGAGCAAAUAACACACAGCAGAACACGUCACUUUCUCCUGGACACAUCCAUCAACCCAUGACCUCUCCACUGGUCCAAAAUAUCAUUGAUGACUUCCAUGGUUACAGAGAGCCCGCGGCCAGCCUAGACGCCACGGUGGACUAUGUUAAGUUCUCCAGAGAUCAGUUCAUCCUGGACUGUCCAUCAGAGAAACUUCACAGAGAGCUGGAGGAAGAGCUGAAGAUGGACUGUGAGGAGCCGAGAAGCCACGCAUGGUACCAUGGAGCAAUACCAAGACAGGUUGCAGAAAAUUUGGUGCAGCGUGACGGGGAUUUCCUGAUUCGGGAUUCGCUGUCCAGUCCAGGAAGUUAUGUUCUGACCUCCCAAUGGCGAAACGCAGCACAGCACUUUAAAAUCAACAAGAAGGUAGUGAUGUUGAAUGAAGCCUACACCAGAGUCGAGUACCGGCUGGAAAGGGAGGGGUUUGACAAUGUCCCUGCACUUAUCCGAUACUAUGUCGGCAACAGAAAACCUGUCUCCCAGGUGGUCGGAGCCAUAAUCUUCCAGCCAAUUAACAGAGCGCUGCCGCUACGCUGCUUGGAAGAAAAGUAUGGGCUGUCCAACAAUCAUCGAGAUCGGCUGAUGGCGCAGGAGAGGCGCAGUCAGAAGCGCCUCAGCCUCAACAUUACCAAUGGACACACGCAUGACAACACACGCGGCACGCAUGACAGCACGCAGUGCCGGGAUAACGGUGUGGGCCGAGGCAGCCAGCUCAGGAUGAAGGAUCGCUGCGGCAGCCAACCAGCGAGUCUCAAUCAGGUCCAAGAGAGACGACGCCCGCUGAAGGCGCAUCAAUCAGAAAGCUACCUUCCUCUCGGAUCCAAACCUCAGCCCCAGCAGCCUCCUGACCCUCUGCUCCCGAGUCCUAGCCCAAAGUCUCCAGUGUUUCGGACAGGCAGUGAGCCGGCGCUGAGCCCCUCUGUCCCACGAAGAUCCGCAGAACUUCUGGCAGGCCAGGCCAUCCGGGGCUCUGACAGCCAGCUGUGUCCUAAACCGCCUCCCAAACCCAGCAAGGUGCCGCUGGCUCGACUGCCUCGCUCCCCCUGCCUUCAGCCACUGGUUCUCCCCUCCAGCUCCUCCAGCCUCACAGACUCCUCCUCCACCUCCCCCAGGCUAACAGCAACCCCGCUAGACUCCACAUGUGUGGAAUCUCCUGGUUCUACAUGGAGCAGUGAAGCCACCACAGGCCCUCCAGUACCUCCAGUCAAACCCCUGAAGUUCCAGCAUCAGCUCCUCUCCGCAGACUCUCUCAGCUCCUCCAGCUCUGUAGUUUCACCGGCUGAACUAGUUCCGUGUUUGGAUUCAGAGGCAACAGGACGGACUGAACGCCUGCAGUCGAGCACCGCAGACCUGAGGUCCUGCAGCCCGCUCGAGUGGGAGGAAUCAGACUCACCGAGCUCCCUCCCCGAUGACAUCCUCCAACUUCAGCCUACGCUCUGCAGCUAUGUAGAGAGACUGAGGAGAGAGGGGGACGGGGUGGGAGGGGUGAAGGAGGCAGGGGCGAGGAAAGGACUGGACAGAAGCUCCUACCAUCACGCCAUCGCCGCCUUAGAGAACACCAGCGAGGAAGAGGAGGAGGAGGAGGACAAGUGGAGGGAGAAAGAGAAGAGCAGUUUCCAGCGGCCAGUUGUAGAGACGGAGUCGACUUUCCGGCCAGCAGAGUUCGGAUCGCGACUUCUGCCACCGGAAAACAAACCGCUGGAGAUGGUGGUGCUGAAGAGAUCGAAGGAGCUGCUGCUCAGCCACAAUCACCACAGCAUAGCCAGACAUCUGCUGAUGGCCGACUGCCAGGUUGCUAGGAUACUCGGAGUGACUCCAGAGCUUAAAUGUCGGAUGGGCGUGUCGUCCGGUCUGGAGCUGGUGACGCUGCCGCACGGUCGACAGCUGAGGCUGGACCUGAUGGAAAGGCACCACACCAUGGCGAUAGGCGUUGCCGUGGAUAUUCUGGGAUGCACGGGCAGCGUGGAGGAGCGGGCGUCCACCUUGAACCGCAUCAUUCUGGUGGCGUUAGAGCUGAAGGACACAGUGGGCGACCUGUUUGCUUUCACAGCCCUGAUGAAAGCUCUGGACCUGCCGCAGAUCAGUCGUUUGGAGGAAACAUGGACGACUCUACGAAGGAACUACACACAGACCGCCAUCAGCUACGAGAAAACACUGAAACCUUUCUACAAGAAUCUGUAUGAGGGCACAGCGUCCCCUCCUCCGGUGGUCUGCGUCCCCCUCCUGCUGCCCCUCCUUACUUUAAUGGAGCGUCCAUCAACCGCUCCAGAGGGGGCGGAGCUCUGGGAGACCAGUGACCAGGGCUGUGACAUCAUGCUGCGCCACCUGGAGGCCGCACGCGACGUCGCACACAGCGCGCCGAGCUACACGGCCAACGCACAGAAGAUCUUACAAGAGUUCCAGUGCGACGCCGAGCUGCUGGAGGUGUUCAAAACAGACUUUCAGCUGCGGCUGCUGUGGGGGAGCCGUGGGGCUUCAGUCAACCAAUCAGAUCGCUACAGCAAAUUCAACCUCAUCCUCACCGCGUUGUCAAGGAAACUGGAGCCGCUGCCCAAAACACAAACCUUAAUCUGACUUGACCCGAACAGAGCUGAGCUGAGUCUGGACUUCAGAACAUCACGUGGCUCAGAAGACAGCUGUGAGGAAGAGAAACAAACUCUAAUGAGGAAGGAGGACGAGCUGCUUUCAGAAUCAGGCAUCACACUCGGACUCUGCCCUUUUAUCUUUUCACAAUAUCAGUUAAAGGAGAAGUUGCUAUUUUUUUUCUCCUUCAGUUCAACAUGUGUUCAGGGCUCAUAGCAUCAGUGUCCAGUAAAACAAUAUAAACCAGCAACUUUCAGCUUAUCUAAGUCCAAACUAAUAAGAAUAUUUUUCCACUCAGUUUAAAAAAAAACAUCUUGUCUACAAAACCUUCGUCUUACAAAAUAACUCUGUACACAGAAGUUGUCAAAAACUGUUACAGAUGCUGAACCCUGCAUGCUGGCCAGUGGGUGACAAUGAAAUCUACAAUACUGAUACAUCAAAAAUGUCAGAAGAUGAUUCUGAGUCUGCACAGAGAACUUUUUCCCAUUUAAGUGACUUAAAAACAUAAACAUUUCGAGCCAAUUAUUAAUUUACCUACAGUUAAUUAACGCAUCUUCUGACCUUUAACACUCUUCUGGCACACUGACAGUGUGAUUCAAAGGAAUUAAAAGCAAAGGGGGAAUCUUUUGUGUUGGCAGACGAUGAGGUGGAGCGAACAGAGGGAUGACAUCACCGUCAAAAGCUCUUGUGUUAUUUAUGCACACAAAUACACAGAAACCAGAGUUUUAAAAAGAACUAAUGACUUUAGAAGGUGUUUUUAAAAAAAAUAUCCGUAUUAGUCUGGACAGGGCACCUGUUGCAUCAGAGUCACUGUAAGACUCUGCACAAACAGCCAGAGUCUGACAUGCAGCCAAUCAUGUUAAAGCAGCUGUGAGCGUUAUUUUCUGUUUAAAACGAGCCUUAAAUUCCUCUGUAUUCACUCUGUAAAAGUGGUUAAGACAGUGUUUGGUCAGUAACUCAUAUCUGUCCUCCUGCUGCUCGUUCAGUAAAUGAGAAAAUACAUUUUCUGCUAUCCCUGCCCACUUUAUCCAAUCAGAACGGAGAACUCCAUAAAGAGGCUGCUCAGGGAAAAGCUACUACUACAGUACCAACUCCAGCGCUCCAACAAAGGCUUAGGGCCUGUGUCCACAUAGUAUUUAUUCAGAAAGCCAGUAUCUUUUUUUUUCUUUCUUUUUUUUUUAUUGUAAUGAGGAGUGAGUGGAGAAAAGGUUCAGCACCCAGCAUCUUUUCUUCAGAGCGAUCCGCCUUUUUUGUGCGGCCGCUCUCAGUUUAAAGUCUCUCAGCUGUUCAGACAGGUGCUGACGACACAACCGCGGCUCUUUUUUUCUUUUUCCUGGUUUUGGUGAGAAUAUUUGCUGUAUUUUGUCUCCUAUAAAUCAUGUCAUGCACCCACAUCCUCCUCGCAGAGUUACCGAUAUCAAAUAAAGAACACACAGAGAGAUCGUGCAGCAGUGGGUCGUCAAGAUACGUUGUUGCACAGAGACAAGACGUACAUGUAGAUUUUUUUUUUCUUUUUUCCCCCUCUUGUCACUCCAGAGAGACCAGCCAUCACUAACUGCAUAACAGACAGGAAGUUAGCUAAAAUGAUGACUGUUUUUUUGACCAAUUUUAAAGGGAGUGACAGAUAGAGAACAGAGAAGCAGAGAACAGAGCUGACAGUAGAAGCUUAAAGGGAGACUUUGGUCUGGAAAAUGUUCUAUUUCCUGAACAGGCACUUGUUUUACUUUCACACUAACAUUCCAGUUAAUGGGGAACACGGACAAGCAGAGAGAGGAAAAAGAGAAGUUAUUUUCUGAGUUGAUCUCUGUGCAUAUUGUCUAGAUUGAACUAAUGAGCGUAUUUAACUGUUACAAUGAGUGAUCGAGGUGUCAGCCAGUCGUUUUGAUAUUAAACUGCCUCACAUCAGUUUGUUGCUUGUUUAACGAGCGGGAAAAAGGUCAAGAAACAGUUCAGAUGUUCAGUAACGUGGGAAUGUAUUUAUUAUGACUUUCCGCGAGGCAUUUUUCUUCUCCCAUCGUCGGGUGACAAAGAUCUAAUGUAAAUAUUUUGAACUGCUUUCACAGGAGCAGAGAAACUUUCUGCACAUGUGUAACUGAAGCUCCAAGUGACUCUGAAAAUAUUUUUGUUUCAGCAAAAAAAGUGAAUGAAUUAAAAAAAAAAGUUCACAUGAGACUAAAGUUGUACAUAUUUUAAAUGUUGGCAUGUGAAUAAUUUGACUGUACAUAUUUUAUGUGGAAGACUGACUGUAAAAAAAAGAUAUGAUGAUUUUAAUGUUUAUAUUGUUAUGAACUACUGUAAGAGUCAAUAAAUAUGGUGUAAGAUCUGAG